UGCGCUGUGAUUGGUGGAUUUGAAAACUCAGGCGGAGGGAAGAUUCGAACUGUGUGUCAGUGAGGAGAGCGGAGCGGCGGAGCGGCUCACAGUUAAAUAAAAACAGCGCAGGAUGAUCCGGCCGACAAAGGGUAAGACCCCUCGCCGACCAGCUCCUAAAAAGCCAACAAACAACCAGAAAGAUCCGGUUGGGGUGUACUGUCGAGUACGUCCACUAGGUGCAGAUGACGAAGAAUGCUGUGUUGAGGUGAUCAGCAGUACUACCAUCCAGCUGCAUGCCCCUGAUGGACUCAAAGCCAACAGGAAUGGGGAAUUUAAAGAGACUCAAUAUUCCUUCAAGAAAGUUUUUGGAAUUAAAACCACACAGCGGGAAUUGUUUGAAGAUGUUGCCAAACCUCUUGUGGAUGACCUUAUUCACUGUAAAAAUGGUCUUCUCUUCACCUAUGGUGUUACUGGCAGUGGAAAAACCCACACAAUGACUGGUUCCCCGGGCCAGGGUGGCCUCCUGCCUCGCUCACUAGACAUGAUCUUCAACAGUAUUGGUCCUUAUCAGGCCAAGAGAUUUGUUUUUAAACCAGAUGAAAAGAACGGCAUGGAGGUGCAAAAUCAAGUAGAUGCUCUUUUGGAGCGACAAAAGCGAGAGAGCCAACAGUCUGUACCGAAGACACCAUCCUCAAGGCAAAAAGUAGACCCUGAAUUUGCCGAUAUGAUCAGCCCAGAAGAUGCUUGUAAAUGUGAAGGGGUGGAUGAAGACAGCAGCUAUAGUGUGUUUGUCUCUUACAUUGAGAUAUACAAUAACUACAUCUAUGAUCUCUUGGAGGAGGCUCCCUUUGACCCAAUAAAGCCAAAGUGGAAUGGUGGAGGAACACCUUUGCGAACCAACACUGAGUUCAUAGCACCACAAUCCAAAAUUCUGCGCGAAGACCAGAACCACAACAUGUAUGUUGCUGGGUGUACUGAGCUUGAAGUCAAGUCAACAGAGGAGGCAUUUGAAGUCUUUUGGAGGGGUCAAAAGAAGCGCAGGAUUGCGAACACGCAGUUGAAUCGGGAGAGCAGCAGAUCACACAGUGUUUUCAUCAUCAAGUUGGCACAAGCACCAUUGGAUGCAGAUGGAGACAAUGUUCUUCAGGAUAAAAAUCAGGUGAAUGUAAGCCAGCUCUGUUUGGUAGAUCUGGCUGGCAGUGAACGCACCAGCAGAACCCGAGCAGAGGGCAGCCGUCUCCGAGAAGCAGGCAACAUCAAUCAGUCUCUUAUGACUCUCAGAACAUGUAUUGAAGUUUUGCGAGAGAAUCAGAUGUGUGGCACAAACAAGAUGGUGCCAUAUCGAGACUCUAAAGUGACCCAUCUGUUUAAAAACUAUUUUGAUGGUGAAGGCAAGGUCAGGAUGGUGGUCUGUGUCAACCCUAAAGCAGACGACUAUGAAGAAACAAUGCUGGUGAUGCGGUUUGCUGAGAUGACUCAGGAGGUUGAGGUGGCCCGGCCUGUUGACCGGCCCAUCUGUGGGUUCGCAGCAGGCCGCAGACAAAGGAACCAGGCCUUCAAAGAGGAGCUGUCGCGGCGGCUAGAGGAACGCGGAGGUCCAGUAGAUGGAGAACCUCCAUCAACCUUGAGCCAGCUUCAGAACUUGCCUCCAGUGCCGUCUUGUGAGAUCUCUGACCCAUCUGAUGACCUUACGUUACCUAGGGUAAUUGAAUGCAUGGAGAAGAGGAUGAAGAUGCGGCAGAUGUUUACUGAAGAGUACAACAAAGCUGCCAACAUGCUAAAGUCUAUGCUUCAAGAUCUGGAUGGAAAACUCCUCUCCAAAGAGAACUUUUUACAUGAGCAGCGAGGUAAACUUGGUGAGAAAGACAAAAUGAUCCAGAACCAGAAAAACGAAAUUGAUCGUUUAGAGAAGAAAUCCAAGAUGCUGGAGUAUAAGAUUGACAUCCUGCAGAAAACCACAAACAUCUAUGAGGAGGACAAGCGUUCACUACAGCAAGAGUUGGAUAGCAGAGAGCAUAGGCUACAGCGUGAACUUUCGGAGAAAAAGCGUAUGGAGGCACGCUUGCAUGGCAUGGUCUCCGAUGAGAAGCUCAGGUGGCAGAAGGAGUGUGAGAGGCGAGUCAAUGCCAAGGAACUGGAGAUGCAGAACAAGCUGUGGGUAAAGGAUGAGAAGCUGAAGCAGCUCAAAGCUAUCGUGACAGAGACCAAGACUGACAGCCGGCCAGAAAAACCUCAGAGGCCUUCCCGAGAGAAGGACCGAGUGCCCGCCAAGAGAUCUGCCUCUCCCUCGCCAGUCCCUACCCCUGUGUACACUCCAUCCAAGGUGUUCAGACCAGCUCCCCUUUCCCCCACCACCAGCAGUGUGUCUGUGGCCUCCUGCAUUUCUGAAUGGGAGCAGCGGGUGCCACAGGCUGAUAGGCAGGGCAGCCCAUCCCCUCCCCAAAAUAGGAGUAGAGCUCAGGGCCUUCCUAACAGUCUUAGCAGGAGAAGAGGCAGGUGCUGGGCCAAAGACUGUGAGGUACCUGAUCAGCCAGGAGACCUAGAGGAGAAUAGUUACAGGACUACGCAGCCAGUUCGACCUAUGCACAGGCGCUCACACUCUGCAGGUGCCGAGAGGUGGGUGGAUCAUAAACCGUCCACUAAUGUGGAGCUGGACACUGUCAUGCAGCCCAAUGUGCCAAAAGCCAUCAAGGUGACUGCCCCCAGCGAGAAAGCCCUUUCCAAGUGUGACAAGUACAUGCUGACACACCAGGAAGUGGCCUCUGAUGGAGAGAUUCAGACCAAACUUAUCAAGGGUGACGUGAUUAAAACAAGAGGUGGAGGACAAGCGGUUCAGUUCACCGAUAUUGAAACACUAAAACAAGAAACUCCUGUUGCUCCAAGUCGUAAGAGGAGGUCAUCAGAGACUGGACCGAACCAGGAUGAUAAAGAUGGAGAUUGGACUGAUGUGGAGACAAGGUGCUCAGUGGCAGUGGAGAUGAGGGCUGGCUCAAACUUAGGGCCUGGUUAUCAGCACCAUGGAUAUCCAAAACGCAGAAAGCCCUAAGAGCUGUCCUUGCUGUCAAGAGUCCUUUCCUCUUGAAAUCUCUCAUCACUGAGUGCAAUACUUAUCCUAUUUAACUUUUUAAGAAUGCUUUUUUAUAUAAAAUACCUCUUUUUAUAUAUGUAAAAGCCAGUAUAUAAUUCACCAAAGUGAAAUGUUUUCUUAUGCAUUUUCUACUCCAGUGUUACUGUCGUAAAAGUCGGGGCAUAGGUUAAUCAUGACAUUGGGGUGGUUUUAAGGUGAAAAUGUUAUGGUGAAUGCUUUUUUUUCUCUGCUGUCUUUCAAGUAUGUAAUACUUUUUCUUAAUUUUCUCUUUGUUUGACAUUAAUGCUUUCACUCAAGUAGGGUAAUCAAAGCAUUUGCCAGUCAUGAUUGUGCUGUAGAUAUAAGGGCCCCAGUAAUGGGUAUAACCCUGAAUGUAGUUGUUAGAAGAAGCACUGGUCUCACUUGUGUAUUUAAACACCACAUCACACACAGUACACCAAACUGUUAAUAAACAGCAUUUGGCGACA